GUGAAACGUCAAAACAAACCUCCGUUUCGUGUAUUUCGCAAUCAAUCGGCUUCUCCUCAGUACAAAAAUUCCAUUCCUCUUUUAUUGCUGUGCGAAUUCUGAUCUCAUACCUUGAGUAAUCAGAAUAUUCUGUAAAUUCAUAGUCAAAAGCAUUUGUUCAAAUUAUAUUGCGCCUCAAAAGUGCUCUAAACCAUGCUGAAUUACCUCCGGUUAGCAACUCCUUUAGUCCGAAGCGCAGUGAAUCCAUCGAAUUUGGUAUGGAAAAAUCUAACCCCGUGCCGGUCGUUCAUAACCGGUAAUCCCCUGGGCCGUAAUUCAUCCAUUCUGCAGAAUGUUAAGAAGGCAAACAUCACACCAGGGCGCAUUUUGCAGACCUCGUUAACUCGAUACUGCACGAAACCAGAUGUGGCCGAAAAGGGCCGAAAGGCAGUUGGCUACUGGCUGCUCGGCUGCAGCGGAAUGGUCUUCGUGGCCGUCGUAUUAGGUGGUGUAACACGGCUCACUGAAUCCGGACUAUCGAUGGUCACGUGGAAAUUAUUGGGCGAGAAGAUGCCACGAAGCCAACAGGAAUGGCAAGAGGAAUUCGAACGCUAUCAGCAAUAUCCUGAGUUCAAAAUCAAAAACAAAGACAUCACCCUCAGUGAAUUCAAAAUGAUUUGGUUCAUGGAGUAUGGUCAUCGUAUGUGGGGACGCCUCAUCGGAGCGUUUUACGCCAUUCCAGCGGCCUACUUCUGGUCCAGGGGUUACCUGGAUCGAGGAAUGAAAAUCCGCACCGUUGCAUUUGGAGCCCUGAUCGCCGCUCAAGGGCUGAUGGGAUGGUACAUGGUCAAGUCCGGUUUGGAGGACCGUUUCCACCAAGAAAGUGAUGUACCACGUGUUUCCCAGUACCGCCUAGCGUCCCAUCUAGGAUUUGCAUUUGUUCUAUAUUCGUUGUUCCUGUGGUCAGCCUUGGACAAACUUUUGCCAGCACAGAAGCUGUUGGGAAAGAUUCCUGCGGCAACGUUCAAAUUCAAGGGACUGGCACAUGCCACCAAAGCUGCAGUAUUCAUUACGGCUAUGUCCGGCGCCCUAGUGGCUGGCCUGGAUGCCGGUCUAGUCUACAACUCGUUUCCCAAGAUGGCAGAUCGGUGGAUUCCCAGCGAUAUCCUAGCCAUGUCACCGACGUUGCGUAACUUUACCGAGAAUCCUACCACCGUUCAGUUUGACCAUCGAUUGCUGGGGACAGCGACGCUAACGCUGAUUACCGGAAUGUUCAUGCUCUCGAGACGACGGGUUCUGCCUCCAAGGGCGUACAAAGCUGCCACGGCUGUAGCUGCGAUGGGAUGGCUACAGGUCCUUCUGGGUAUUACGACACUGCUCACCUACGUGCCAGUUCCGCUCGCUGCCAGUCAUCAGUCGGGAUCGUUGCUUCUGCUGUCGUUUGCAAUUUGGCUGACGCACGAAAUGAAACUAGUCAGAAGGUUACCUAAGUAAUAAGUGGGUAAGUAUUUAUGUUUAAAAUGUAAUUUUGUUAUAUAACAGUGGAUUAAUGCGAGGGG